UGACGAUACCGGAAGAUAUUCACCACAUCAGUCAGUGUGUGCGUAAUCCCAAAUCCAAAAUAUGGAGCAAAAUAGCGAUGGGAGCUUAUCCCAGGUCCAGCAUGUUGUGUUGGUCCUGUCAGGGAAAGGAGGUGUGGGUAAGAGCACCAUCACCACAGAGUUAGCUCUGGCUCUCAGGCACGCUGGGAAAAAGGUUGGCAUCCUGGAUGUGGACCUCUGUGGACCCAGCAUCCCCCGCAUGCUGAGUAUGGGCCGGCCCGAUGUACACCAGUGUGACUCUGGCUGGGUGCCAGUUUACACCGACGCUCAGAAGAGUCUGGCCCUCAUGUCUAUCGGAUUCCUGCUGGAGGACCCAGAUGAAGCAGUGGUUUGGAGGGGCCCCAAAAAAACCGCUUUGAUCGGACAGUUUGUGUCAGACGUAGCCUGGGGAGAACUGGAUGUGCUCCUCGUGGACACACCGCCGGGGACGUCUGAUGAACAUCUGGCAGUGCUGGAAAACCUCAAAAAACAUCGAGUGGAUGGAGCCAUUCUGGUCACCACACCUCAGGCGGUAUCGACGGGGGAUGUGAGGAGAGAGAUCACUUUCUGCAAGAAGACAGGCGUACGGAUCCUGGGAAUCAUAGAGAACAUGAGUGGCUUUGUUUGUCCACACUGCUCCGAAUGCAGCAACAUAUUCUCAAAGGGAGGCGGUGAAGAGCUGGCCAAACUGACCGGAUCAGUGUUUCUGGGUUCUGUACCUCUGGAUCCUCUCCUCAGUGCCAGUAUAGAAGAAGGCAAAGACUUCCUGCAGUCGUUUCCUGACAGCGCCACCUUCAGUGCAAUUAGCAGUAUUUCCCAGACCUUGCUGAACAGCCUCCAGUCAGACUGAGUCAAAACUCACAUGCUGUGCAUUAAAAUGCUUAAAUACAGUAUUGAUCAUUGUGUUGAAUAAUGUAGACUAUAACGUAUAAAAUAUUUACUGUUCCCCCCCAAAGGUGGACACUAUUUGCAGGUUACAGUCCUGCUUCAAUUCAAUGUUUCUUCUGAUUUUAUGGCUGAAUGAUUCUGCCAAUUUUUCCAAAUAGACUAAAAAGGUCCAGCAGUAAAUUUCAAGCAGGGACAUGCUCAUGCAUAUGAAUACAGGAGUAGAAGGUUCAAAAGGACUUUACAUUAUUGUUACAGAACAUAAAACAUGGAAUACGUGGGACUCUGGCCUUAUGGAAUCAAACUUCCUCAUAUCUGCUUACUCAAGAGCAUUGACAGUCCAAAGUGCAGCACAGCCUUUGAGCCGUCAUCCGAGUGCUGCAUUUGCAGUUUUUGUGUGAAGACUGUCAGGCUUCAACAUAAAUUGUUACAGGAAAAGUUCUACGCAAUGGCAACGGAUCCUUUUGUACACAGUUUUGUAAUAAAAUGAUUACUUAAGCUUCCUGUGUGAGACUCUAAAUGGUGGCGAUGCAUUCCUGAAAUGACGUUCUGUGUUUGGAAUCCAGUCACAGCUAAGUUGGAGUAGUCUUUAAUUCAAGUGUGAAAACAUUCACGUAGACACAUCAAGAAAACGUCAACACACCAGCGGUAAUACAGGAUUGGGAAUUGGCGCUUCGAUAAACUGCAUCAGCAGCAGCUCCACUUUUAAAAAGUCAACUCCAGAUCAAAUGGAAGCAGUUCCUGUAUGAAACACGGCCGCGCUCGUACACUUGAUCUGUUUCGAUUCUCUCUACGUGCUACAACAUACACCUUCGAUAGUCUACUUGCAUCUUUGAAACCUGACCCCACUUUUUUUUGGAAGGCUUGCGCAAGAUUUUCUUCUUUUGAUCUGGAUUAUAUCUAGAAAAAAUGAGCCUGUGAUUCAGGGUCAAACUCUUAACAGCAACAAAACACUGAAACCCAUGCAGGAUUUUAAUGGCUGGAAUGUAGAAGAGAUGGAAAUACAGCAACAGAUGAGCAGAGGAGGAGGACAGAGGGGGUUGAAUAAGAUCGGAGAGAAAAUGAUGUGGAAAAUACAAUUGUGAGACCCGGGAGAGGGCGCACACACCUUUAAUGCAAACAGCAGUACUACAGGAAAAAACACUGAAGUUUGAGAAUGUUUGCGUAAUGAUUAGAAUACAGCUACACACACAACUCCCACUCCACCAGCAACAUACUAAAGGCAAUCUCAAUUAUUAAACCAAGAAUUACAUCCAGAGGAAUUCCAACCACUUAUCACAAUUACCCCACAGUGCAUUAAAUCUAUCUAUAUAUAGAGAUAUUUAUAUGUCUGUAUAUAAUCAUAUAUGUGUAUAUCCUGGGAAUUAGAUUUUUUCCUGCAUUAGACAGUUCAAUGAACAAUUUCUUAUAAAUAAAAUCGUGGAAAAAAAUCUUUAAGUCCAUACACAUUUCUUUCUGUAAAUAGAUCCUGGAGAUUAAUGCAGAUAUUGUUUUCACUCCCAUGUUGAUCCGGGAGGAC